AUGUCAUAUUUCAAGCAGAGUGAAUAUAUUGAAGUUGAUGUUGACGAGCACAUAGGUAAGCUGCCAAUACUAUUAUUUAGUAUCUGUUCCAAAUUCAUCCAUCUCAACUAAUAAUUAAUUCAAUGUAGCAUUUAUUUAUUUUCACCAAAUUUAGUAUCUCUCCUUCACACAAGCCUUUGCAGCCAUUGAUUUACCAGUUUCUGGUGGUCCAGCCAAUAAGGCUUCUCUUGGUAAUUUACUUCCCAUUUCUUUAUAUUUUUUUUGA